AUGUCUACCGAAUCACCCUCAGCCCCUGAAAGCAAAGACGCAACCGUGGUGCAGCCCGAACCAGCACCCGACACCAGAAGCCAUACUGGCAAGCCGCCCUCGUUUGCUGGCUUGCGCGGCCAGAAUCUUCUUUAUGCCGUCACCUUCUGCUCUUCCGUCGGCUUUCUCUUGUUCGGCUAUGACUUGGGCUUCAUGGGCGGCCUCACCACGAACACGCAGUUCUUGAACGACUUUGGCAAUCCCGGCGCAACGUUCCUUGGGUUUAUCGUGGCCUCGUAUGAGGUGGGUGCCACGUUUGGUGCCUUGUUUCAAUAUUUGAUGGCAGACUACCUUGGCGGACGAAAGCCGGCAAAUACCAUGGGUCUCGUUAUCGUCAUCAUCGGCGCUAUCAUCCAGACGACUUCAUUCGGUAUAGCCCAACUGAUUGUUGGCCGCAUCAUCUCAGGGUUCGGCCUUGGAAUUGCCACUACCGUUAUUCCUAUCUGGCUCGCUGAAUGCACCGUCCCCAAAUCGCGCGGUCGUAUGAUGGCCAUGCAGCUGUCUAAUCUCAUCAUUGGACUCAUCAUUUCGAACUGGCUCGUCUACGGUAUGACCACGAAUCAUACUGGCUCCGUGCAGUGGCGCUUCCCAAUUUCUUUCCAGGUUCUUUUGGCCGGUGCCGUCAUUUCGUUUCUGCCAUUUCUUCCCGAGUCUCCUCGAUACCUUGCAUCAGUAGGCAAGAACGAGGCUGCAAACUACGCUCUGGCCGCCCUUCGUGACGGAUGGCCGGACGACGAGAAGAUUGCAUAUGAGAUCAAAGAGAUUGAGUACGCGAUUGCUGUGGAGUCUGAAGAGGUCGGAAGCUGGUCCGAUGUGUUUCACGAUAACGGAAUCUCUGGAUUUACCCGUGUCGCUAUCGCCUUCUCUGCAAACUUCUUCCAGCAAAUGUCGGGUGUCAACGUCAUGUCCUCUCUCGGUCCUUAUGUCUUUGAAGUCUCCAUCGGAAUGUCCAACCACAACGCCAUGCUAGUGUCCGGAGGCUUACAGGUUUACUACUUUCUGUCGUCUCUUAUUCCUUGGUGGACCGUCGACCGUGUUGGUCGCAGAAAGCUGUUUAUGAUCGGCUCAGCCGGCAUGGGAACCUGUAUGAUGCUUUCAGCCGUCUUCGUGGGUGUCAACACAAAAGGUACGGGAUACGCCGCCGCCGCCGUUCUUUAUAUCUUCCACACAUUCUUCACGCUUGGCUGGCAGUCAAAUAUGUGGGUUUACCCUUCCGAGCUUUUGCCCCUGAAGCUCCGUCUUCGUGGUGGAGCUUUGGCCGUCGUGUCGCAGUGGCUCUUUACGUUCACCGUGGUCAUGAUAACUCCUGUGAUGAUCGACAACAUCGGCUACAAGUCCUACAUCGUCUUUAUGAUCUUCAACUAUGUUACUAUCCCCAUCGUUUACUUCUUUUACCCAGAGACGUCGCAGAGACCUCUUGAAGUCGUCGAUCUACUUUUCGCCGAUAGAGAAGGCGGCCGACGACCGGCAAUCUUCGAGGUUGUCAAGGAUUCUGUGAAAAAGGAGUUUGUCAGGAGUAUCGAAGAUCAGCUGAAAGAAAACGCGCGCUUUCGAUACGAAAACGAAGAUGUGCUUGCUGAAGCAAAGGAGCAAGUUCAUCAUUUGGAGGGAGCUGAGUCGAAUGUUUGA